AUGCGUCCCCUGGCAAGGCUGCCGCGGCGCGCCGCAUGCACCUACAGCCCUGCCGCCGCCGCCGCCGCCGCCCCGGCCGCCCACCUCGCCUUGUGGCCCACUGCCAGCAGCAGCGACGCCGCCGGCGACGCGGCAGCCGCAUCCGCCUUGUCGGCCGCGGCGCCGGGCGCCGCGUUCCUGCAGCAGGUGCGCGCGUGCGGCGGCGACGAUGACGCGCUGGCGCGGCUCGCGGCCUCGGUCGCGCGGCGGCCACCGGACGAGCAGCGCCAGCUGGUGUCGGACCUCGCCGCUGUCCUUGACUCCACUGAAGAGGCCAGCGCCAGCGGCGGCGGCGGCGGCGGCGGCGGCUCGCCAGCCGCAGCGGUGUCUGGGCCAUUGCUGAGCCAGGCGCUGUGGGUCGCGAGCCGCGCGGCGCGCGCGUGUCCGGAGGGCGCGAGGCGGCGGCUCUUUGAUGGG